AUGGCCGGGAGGUCCUCCGCAUGUGAUGCUAUAUCUCAGGCAGAAUUGGGUGCUGUGUCGAACUACCGCAAUGUAUUCGGGGAUUCUGAGUCCACUGUUUAUCUCGGGCAGGCACCUGGGCGCAUCGAGAUCCUCGGAAACCACACGGACUACAAUGACGGGUUCGUCCUCUCAGCUGGGGUCCAGAUGCAGUGUCGCGUAGUAGGUGAGUUCCUGGCAGAUCCUGGCCAGGUGUCGAAGAGAGGACUGAAGCCGGAUAGACUGCGAAUCUACUCCGCGUCCUUUCCCGAAACUGGCAUUGCUGAGUGCUCACUGUCAAGUGCGCUGGAGAGCACCGCUAUUAAGGGUUUCCGGAUUACUUACAUCCCGCACUACCAUACCUGGCACUUUUCCUAGUAGAAAAGGGGCCAGGUGGGAUGUGCUGAGGAAUGUAAUUCCGUAACCUCUAACGAUGGCAGUUUUUCCAGCCUAAACCUGCCGUCAUACUGCGUGUACAUCUGCGGCGUCUUAGUCAAUUUCAUGCCACAAGGAUCCGAAAUAUGGAAAAACAAUAUGGCUGUCCUCGUGUGUAACUCCGCAGCUUUGCGUGACCUUAGGAAACACGUAGUGUUGCUAUCCUAAUCAUAGCAGUGACAUUUGCAAUUUCAUUACAUUCAUUUUCAUUACGAGUUUUCUCUUCUCGUAUGAUGGUAAUUGGAAACAAGAGGCAUCACGCCUACAACCGCAAGACCCGCUUUCAUUUCCGUAAAGGACAGUGUCUUGCAGCUUUAUAUCGAAUCCGAAGUUCCGCUUGGUGCCGCAGUGAGCAGUUCAGCAGCACUAGAAGUAGCAACAGCAACCUUCUUGCAGCAGAUAUUUCCGAGUGUAAAAGGUAUAUGAAUUACAUGACAACUCUAGAUCUUUCUAGUUCCAGUCAACACGUCUAGACUAAGUACUAGGCUCAACUCUUCGAGUUCGACUUAGACUUAUGUUCUUAAUCUUAUCAAUUAGAUACUCUACCUAGAUCCAUCUAGCGGUCGCUUCUAGAUGAGAAUUGUCCUCACUCACAGCCAUGGCGCCAUUGGAUGUUAUUUUGUCCUGCAAGCGGGCAGAGAACGAAUACGUAGGCAUGGGGUGCGGCAUAUUAGACCAGUUCUCUUCGCACCAGGCCGUCAAAGACUCGCUCUUACUUCUCGAUUGCAGAUAUCCUAUGGAGAAACUGAAGAAGGUACUAUUGAUGUUAAAAAGUACUUACUAUUUUUUUGGUAGAAGGUCAUGGUCAGAUCCAUCCUGUGCGAACUUCCGCAUGGACAGAAAUAACGAGUACAAGUAGUCGAACACAGAAAAUAGUGGACGAGUCAACAAGGAUGGAUUACUACUGAUGCCUGAAAAGAAGAGCUGGAACAUCAUGUUCAUGUUGGAGUCUUGUUUUACUAUAAAGAAAGCUUGUGAUUGUGAUAUAAAUGAUUCGACGAUAACAAAAAAAAUAUCGACAGGUGGCUGCCGCAGGGCGCUUGUCUUUCGUGUUGGGGAACACCGGCGUUAAGCAUGCGCUGGUCGACGGUCAGUAUGACACAUUAAAACGCCUCUGCUACGAGGCCAGAGACGACAUGAUUGCAGCGAGAAAUAUGGAGUCAGGAAUUCAUGAUUAAGGCUGUAAGGCUCCCCAGACUUCUAAUGAGAAACCAUCACAUGACCACGAUAUGUAUUGUCCUCAUCCUCGACUUCAUCCAUAGCCAGUAAAUCUUCAUGGUUAAGGUGGCAGGUACUUGCUCUUCAUCAUCAACCUCAAGGUCAAAUAUCACAUUUAUACUACGGACAUCCAGGACAUCUUCAAAGAACACAUUCUCACUAAGGGCCGUAAGGCUUUGUCUAGAUGGAUCUUCCUGUCACUCUGUAUUCGAAUAUUAUCAGAAGUUGGUAGUGGGUGUGGGACUCGAGAACAAGAACUAGUUUAAGUUUUCAUAGUCCUUUCUAUGACAUACUCGUCGGUCACAGAGAGGAGUGGCAAGAUCCAGGGCGGACAUCGGUCUCUACUUAAUGGCACGACUUUACUCAAGUCACCGCCUCGGUUAUAUUCGCUGACCCUACCUAGGUCACCCAUCAUCCUCGGAGGCGAGCAUGUGCCCGUGAGGCUCGCUGAGAAGGAUUCACAACCUAACCUAACCUACUAUUAGAGUAGUUUAUAGAACGGAUGUAGGAUGGACUCGGAUGGAUCGGAUGGACCCCCCUGAUUCUUCCGAUCCUACUUGAAAUGGUGGAAAGUCCAUCCGAUCCAUCCCAUCGCGGAUCUGGCACCCCUAUAAACUGCUCUAUACUAUAAAUAUGAGUCGAUCCUUCUAGUAUGUAACUUGAACUUCUGUAACUUUGACAUACUAUAAGUAUGAAUCCUUCUACUUGCUUCUAGUAUGUAACUUUGACAUACUAUAAAUAUGAAUCCUUCUACUUCUAGUAUGUAACUUGAACUUCUCUAACGAUGCUACAACGUAAACGCGAUUCCUGUACACUUGCGAGACUUUUCGUCCAAGGAUUUUGAGGAGUUGAAAGGGUCAAUACGGAGCGACGACGCGCGUCGUCGAGGGCAGCAUGUAAUAGAGGAAAACGAGCGAGUUCUGGUAGCAACAAAGUUGCUUCUAGACGCCAGCAAGGGCGAUGAUAUAGGCUUUUUAUUAAGGGUUUCCGAGGAAUUACAUCCCUCACUUCUACAGUCCUUGGCUCCUGCUCAUCAAGGGAAAAUGUUGGGCCAAGGAUGUUCUGAAGAAUGCAACUCGGCAACCUCUAACUCUACAGGAGUUCGGAGCGUUGAUGUGUGCGAGUCAUGCCUCAUCGAAUUAAGGGCUGGAUGUUGACCUGUCCAGGAGCAUCUUUAUGGCUUCUUCAAGUAGGAAAGCCAUAUUAGAUAUGCGAGCUAGUGAGUGGCCAACUUUCAACUCCUAACUGAUGAAUCUUUUCGGUAACAGCUGUCCGGAGCUAGACCAGAUGGUGGAUUUCGCGAAAGAAUGUCCUGGACAUCUAGGAGCGCGCCUGAUGGGAGGUGGAUUCGGCGGAUGUACGAUCACUCUAGUCAAGCCAGGGUCCGAAGCAGAGUUUUUUAUGGCCUGUCGCGAACAGAGAGUUUUCAACAUGAUGUGUGGCAGUAAAUCCGUACCAAACUAGAAGUAACGAUAUUAGCAUUCGUAGUCGUAUCUAUUGUAGUUACUGGCUCUGGCUUCAUUACAUCGCAAGCGUUAGCGGACAAGUGGAAGGAGAAGUAUGGACGUGAACCCGCGAUCUGUUGCGUAAAACCGGGAAGUGGUGCCAAGGGGAUGACGUUUUAGCAGAAAAUGAGCAGAAAAGACGUUUGUCAAUUGCGAAUGAUCAAUCUAAGAGAUAAUAACAGAAGAAGAAGAUCUCAAAAAACUUUUCAUACGUGUACAGGGCAAGAAGAAAGCCUCAGCUUAAGCAACCAAGCCAACUGAACGGUUGUCGCUUAUAAUUUUCCAAAUCAUGGUUCUCGAAAAUAUGUUGUCGAGGAGAGCUGUUCGCAAAUCUUUUGUGUGUAAGAGGUGGCUUAGAAUCAUUUCUCUCGUCACGCCCAUCACUCCGGAAGAACAAUGAACCAACAAUACUCCAAUGCGCUUCAUCCGGCUGCCAC